CAGGGUGACCGGGUGUGGUUACGGGAGGAUGAGCAGUAUCUUCCCAGCACCGUGUCCUCGUGCUCUGGAGGUGUUGUUGUCUUUGCCACAGACUAUGGCCAGGUGUACACCUACAAGCAGAAUGCACUUACCCGCCAGAAGGUGCAGCCCAUGCACCACAGCAGCAUCCGAGGGGUGGAGGACAUGGCGACCCUUGAGGACCUUCACGAUGGCGCCAUCCUGCACAACCUCUUCCUGCGCUACCAGCAGAGACACAUCUAUACGUACAUCGGUUCCAUCCUGGCGGCGGUGAACCCUUACCAGACACUGCCCGGCCUGUACGACCGACCAGCCGUGGAGAUGUACAGCCGACACCACCUUGGCGAGAUCUCCCCGCACAUCUUCGCGGUCGCCAACGAGUGCUACCGCUCGCUGUGGAAGAGGCUGCAGAACCAGUGUGUCCUGAUCAGCGGAGAGAGCGGCGCUGGGAAAACAGAAAGCACCAAGCUGAUCCUGAAGUUCCUGUCGUGCAUGAGCCAGCACUCCCUGGACGUAUCGUCCAGAGACAGGACGUCACACGUGGAGGAGGCGCUGCUGGAGAGCAGUCCCAUCAUGGAGGCCUUUGGAAACGCCAAGACCGUCUACAACAACAACUCCAGCCGCUUUGGGAAGUUUGUCCAGCUGCAUUUCAGCCAGAAGGGCAACAUCCAGGGAGGCAGAAUCGUUGACUACCUCUUAGAGAAGAACCGAGUGGUCCGACAGAACCCGGGGGAGAGGAACUACCACAUUUUCUACGCCCUGUUAGCAGGAACCAACACCCAGCAGAAAGAGGCGUUCGGGUUGACCCACGCUGACAGCUACCAUUACCUGAGACAGUCUAGCUGCCACCCUGACAAGACAAUCAACGACAACGGCACUUUUCAGGAUGUUCUGAAUUCCAUGCGGACGAUGCAGUUCACAGAGGAGAACAUCGGGGAGAUCCUGCGCCUCCUGGCCGGGAUCCUCCACGCAGGGAACAUCGAGUUUAUGACGGCCGGAGGAGCACAAGUCUCCUCCAAAUCAGCUCUCAGCCGGACAUCCGACCUCCUGGGGCUGAACUCAGAUCAGCUGGCUGAGGUUUUGACCCACCGGUCCAUGAUCCUCAGGGGCGAGGAGAUCUGCACGCCGCUCACUGUGGAGCAGGCGGUGGACUCCCGAGACUCCAUGGCCAUGGCACUUUAUUCUCAGUGUUUUAACUGGAUCACCUGCAAGCUCAACAACCGCAUCAGGGGCAAAGAAGACUUCAAGUCCAUCAGCAUCCUGGACAUCUUUGGAUUUGAGAACUUUGAGGUCAACCGCUUUGAGCAGUUCAACAUCAACUAUGCAAAUGAGAAGCUUCAGGAAUAUUUUAACAAGCACAUUUUCUCCCUGGAGCAACUUGAAUACAACAAGGAAGGCCUGGUUUGGGUUGACAUUAACUGGAUGGACAACGGAGAGUGUCUGGAUCUGAUCGAGAAGAAACUGGGUCUCCUGGCACUGAUGAAUGAGGAGAGUCACUUCCCCAAAGCCACAGACGACACCUUACUGGAGAAGCUCCACAGCCAGCACUCAAAAAACUCGUUCUAUGUGAAACCACGUGUUGCUGUGCACUACUUUGGAGUCAAGCACUAUGCAGGAGAGGUGGUGUACGAUGUGAGGGGCAUGUUGGAGAAGAACAGGGACACUUUCAGAGAUGACAUCCUCAACCUGCUGAGGGAGAGCAGGUUGGACUUUGUCUACGAUCUGUUUGAACAUGUAUUGAGCCGAAACAAACAGGACACUCUGAAGAGCAGCUCCAAGCACAGACGGCCCACCGUCAGCUCCCAGUUUAAGGAUUCUUUGCACUCCCUGAUGGCCACACUCAGCACUUCUAACCCAUAUUUCAUCCGAUGCAUCAAACCAAAUACACACAAGAUGCCUGACCAGUUUGACCAGACGUUGGUUCUGAACCAGCUCAGAUACUCUGGCAUGUUGGAGACGGUCAAGAUUCGACGCACCGGCUUCCCCGUCCGGAGACCAUUCCAAGACUUCUGCUCCAGGUACAAGGUGUUGAUGCGGGGCGUGAUGCUGCCAGAUGACCCCAGGGGGAGCUGCGUCCAGCUGCUGCACCUCUAUGACAGCAGCAGUGCAGAGUGGCAGCUGGGCAAGACCAAGGUCUUUCUUCGGGAGUCGCUGGAGCAUCGUCUGGAGAAGCAGAGGGAGAUGGAAGUUCUGAAAGCGGCCAUGAUCAUCCAGGCCCACGUCAUGGGCUACAUGGCCAGGAAGCAGUACAGGAAGCUGCUGCAGUGCAUUGUGGUCAUUCAGAAGAACUACCGGGCUUUCUACUGGAGGAGGAAGUUCCUGCUCCUCCGCUGGGCAGCGCUUACCUUCCAGAAACGUGUGCGAGGCCAGCUGGCCCGCCGGGCCUAUAGCCAGCUGCUGGAGGAAAAGAGGAGGAGGAGGGAGGAAGAGGAGGAGUGCCGCAGGAGGAUGGAGGAGGAGAUGGAGAGGGAGAAACAGAGGCUGGAGGCUGAGAGACUCGCCAGAGAGGCUGAGGAGGCCAGAAUACUUCAGGAGGAGCUUCAUCGCGUUGAGGAGUUAGUCUCUGUGGUUCAGCCUCUGCCUGCAGUUGCAGCUGCAACAUCACCGGACACCUUGGAAGAGCUGGAGUCAGCAGAGGCCCUCGAGGAGGCACCUGAAAAAGAGGAGCCAGUCCGUCCUCAUGAAGCGUCUCAGGUGGAGGAGAUCCUGCGACUUGAGCGGGAGAUUCAGGCGCUGCAGAGGCAGAAAGAGCGUCAGGAGCUCUCUCUGACUGAGGCCUCACUCAACCGCCUGCAGCUUCUCCGUGACCAGGAGCUCCGGCGUCUGGAGGAUGAAGCCUGCAAGGCGGCGCAGCAGUUCCUCGACUCGCUGAACUUUGACGAGAUCGAUGAGUGCGUAAGGAACAUUGAAAGCUCGUUGGGAGUUGGCGAAGGGGAAGAGAAGGAGAAAGAGGGUAGACGGAGGAGAGGUAACGAUGAGGAAGAGGUGGAUGAAGGGUUUGGGGCUGAUGAUGAAGCCUUCAAAGACUCGCCGAACCCGAGUGAACAUGGCCACUCAGACGGCCAGCGGACAAGUGGGAUCCGGACAAGUGAUGACUCAUCAGAAGAAGAUCCAUACGCCAACGAUGGUGUGAUCCCACCACUGCCGCCAACCACCCUGCUUCACCAGCCGCCUUUACCACCAGUGCCCCCCACCUGCCACAGCGCCUCCUCCAGCGGGGACUCUGCCUACUGCCACGCCCAGGCUUCAUCCGAGGCUCAGUCCGACGACCUGGUGGAGCUCAUACCGCCAGACGAGGAUUCAGACUACGACCAGGAUGACUACGAUGAGGGCGCCAUCGUGUCCAGUGGCAGCGUGGCCUUCUCCAACCCUCGCAGUGGCCAGUGGUCUCCUGACUACCGUGGCUCUGUAGGCACCUACAACGGCUCAGGGGCUUACCGCUUCAGCUCGGAGGGGGCUCAGUCAUCGUUUGAGGACAGCGAGGACGACUUUGACAGGUUCGACACCGAUGACGAGCUGUCGUAUCGGCGAGACUCCGUCUACAGCUGCGUCACGCUCCCAUACUUCCACAGCUUCCUCUACAUCAAAGGCGGCCUGAUUAACACGUGGAAGCGGCGCUGGUGCGUUCUCAAGGAUGAGACCUUCCUGUGGUUCCGGGCCAAGCAGGAGGCUCUGAAGCAGGGCUGGCUGCACAAGAAGGGAGGGGGCUCGUCCACGCUGUCCCGCCGCAACUGGAAGCGCCGUUGGUUCGUGCUGCGACAGAGCAAGCUCAUGUACUUUGAGAAGGACGGCGAGGAAAAGAUGAAGGGGGUGCUGGACAUGCAUAAUGCCAAAGAGAUCAUUGAUAACACCGGUAAGGAGAAUGGAAUCGACAUUGUGAUGCCAGACAGGACCUACCAUCUGAUCGCAGAGUCUGCCGAGGAUGCCAGCCAGUGGUUCAGCGUGCUGAGUCAGGUCCAUGGCUCUACAGAACAGGAGAUCAGAGAGAUGCACGAUGAGCAGGCCAACCCCCAGAAUGCUGUGGGAACGUUGGAUGUGGGGAUGAUCGAUUCGGUUUGUGCGUCAGAUAAUCCAGAGAGGCCGAACUCCUUCGUCAUGAUCACAGCGAACCGCGUGCUGCACUGCAACGCCGAUACGCCCGAGGAGAUGCACCACUGGAUCACUCUGCUGCAGCGCUCCAAAGGAGACACCCGCGUGGACGGACAGGAGUUCAUUAUCCGAGGCUGGUUGCAAAAGGAGAUGAAGAACAGCACCAAAGCCUCGCUGAAGCUGAAGAAACGCUGGUUCCUGCUUACCCACAAUUCCCUAGAUUACUACAAGAGUUCGGAGCGUAACGCCCUAAAGCUGGGAACGCUGGUGCUGAACAGCCUCUGCUCAGUGGUUCAGCCCGACGAAAAGGUCUUCAAGGAGACCGGCUACUGGAACGUGAUCGUGUACGGCCGCAAACACUCAUACCGUCUCUACUGUAAGCUGCUGAAUGAGGCCAUGCGUUGGGCCAACUCCAUCCAGAACGUCAUCGACACCAAAGUGCCCAUCGACACGCCGACCCAGCAGCUCAUCCAGGACAUCAAGGAGAACUGUCUAAACCUGGAGGUGGUGGAGCAGAUCUAUAAGAGGAACCCUAUCCUUCGCUACAGCCACCACCCGCUGCACUCACCGCUGCUGCCGCUGCCCUACGGAGAUAUCCACCUCACCGUUCCGAGAAACAGGAGCUACACAACGCUGCAGGAUGAAGCCCUCAAAGUGUUCAGCUCUCUGCAGCACCUGGAGGGCGUGGCCGACCCCGUGCCCAUCAUCCAGGGCAUCUUGCAGACCGGCCAGGAGCUCAAACCUCUGCGGGACGAGCUCUUCUGUCAGCUGAUCAAGCAGACGACGCGACCACCGCAGCCUGGCAGCCCCGGGAACCUCUGCAGCUGGAAGAUCCUGGCCUGCAUGUCCUGCACCUUCGUCCCGACCAGGAGCAUCCUCAGAUACCUCAAGUUCCACCUGAGGAGGACCCGAGAACUCUUCCCCGGCUCGGAGAUGGAUCGCUACGCCGCCUUCGCCAUCGACUCUCUGAGGAAGACUCGAGCCAGAGAGAACGUCCCGUCGCAGGAGGAGAUCCGCUCCAUCGUGGCCCGGCAGGACAUGAGCACCACCGUUCACUGUCAUGGAGGAGGAUCCUGCAAGAUCACCAUCAACUCGCACACAACAGCCGGAGAGGUGGUGGAGAAGCUGAUCCGCGGCCUGGCCAUGGAGGACAGCAGGAACAUGUUUGCUCUGUUUGAACACAACGACACCACAGAGAAAGCCAUCGAGAGCCGCAUGGUGGUGGCCGACGUGCUCGCCAAGUUUGAGAAGCUUUCAGCCAGCGCAGACGAAAACAACACCGGCUGGAAGUUUUACUUCAAGCUCUACUGCUUCUUGGACACGGACAAUGUUCCCAAAGACAGCGUGGAGUUCGCCUUCAUGUUUGAGCAGGCCCAUGAAGCCGUCAUCCGUGGUCAGUAUCCGGCCCCUGAGGAGACUCUUCAGUUCCUGGCUGCCCUAAGACUUCAGUAUCUCCUGGGCGAUCACAGCUCCCAGGCCAACCUCCCUGAAAUGUCCCAGGUGUUCCCCAUGGGGCGAUUGCGGGCCCGGGUGCAGAACUCAGCCAAGACGUUUGCUCCAGGCACCGGCUCGGUGGCCGACCGCUCGGGGACAGCGGAGAGAAAACGCUCGAGCUUCCUGGAGGGAACGCUGAGGCGGAGCUUCAGGAGCGGCUCCCUGAGUCGGCAGAAGCUGGAGGAGGAGAACAGCCUGGAGGUGUGGAUGAGGGAGGAGGCGGCAGCGGUGAGAACCAGCGUGAUGGACAAGUGGAAGAAACUGCAGGGGAUGAACCAGGAACAGGCCAUGGUCAAAUAUAUGACUCUGGUGAAGGAGUGGAAGGGAUAUGGAUCCACGCUGUUCAAUGUCGAGUGUCGGGACGGCACGUUCCCUUCUGAGCUGUGGUUGGGCGUGAGCCGGGAGGCCAUAUCGGUGUACAAACGAGGAGAGCCGUGGCCUCUGGAGGUUUUCCCGUAUGAACAGAUUCUCUCCUUCGGAGCUCCGCUGCCCAACGCCUACAAGAUCGCUGUGGAGGGUCGAGAGCUGGUCUUUGAAACACAAAUGGUCAUGGACAUCGCCAAGCUCAUGAAGGCCUACAUCAGCAUGAUCGUCAAGAAGCGCUACAGCAACUGCCAGUCCGUCAGCAGCCACGGCAGCCAGUGCAGCGCCUGGUGAACUCUGCCCUUUAACCUUUGAACUUAUGGCCACUUGCCGAGUGCCACAGGAGGUCGAGAGCGGCAGCCACUGGCCAUGCAUGGACGCACAUUCUCGGCACUCUGGAGAGAGCAACUCGUGCAUUUGACAUGUCUGACUGACUCUGAAUGCUGGAGACAAACCACAAUGCUCUUAAUGUUAACUAGCUCAAAUUAUUAUUUUAUGACUGGUUUCAUUCCAAAACAUUAAACAUCCACACCGGAUAGAUCAGAACUUCAAAGCAAACGCAGUCAGCAAUCAUUGCAAGCUGCGAGGACUUAAAAAAAAUACUCCAGGUGACUGGAUGAACUGUCUGUCUAUUACUGUCUAUCAUGGGCGAACUUCAUCCAAUCAGAUCAACAACCAUAAAACGUAAUCAAACUCGGGGAAAGAGCGAAAACAUCUUUGCCAUCAAAAAAAGCCUUCACUGCCGUUCUUAGCUCUUCUUCUCACAAGGUUAUCUAGGAAGUUGACGAAACCAGAAAAGUUGUGCAUCUCUUUGGGAGAAAGUUUCAACAAGGUUCAAAAUAUGGUGGCCUUUGUUUCCAAAGGUUCCAAUGGUUAGAAAAGGAUGACCAAACCAAAUUUCUUUGGUUGCCAGCUUUUCAAAUCUCCCUCCAACAAACUAGCUACUUGAGUCAUUUUAAGUAGUACUUUGUAAUUGGGCAGCGCAAACUUAGAAAGCCUGGCAGUUAUCAUUGAGAGAACUGGAUAAAUUGACCUCAAUAUUCUCAAUUUAUUUGCUUACUAGAGCCAUGAAGGCAAGCCAUUAUGACCAUGACAUCUUAAAAAGCAUUGUUGUUUCUCUAACUACAAAAAACCACAUCGACAUAUUUUAGUCCAAUAACAAAAUAAAACUGGCUCAUAACAAAAGUACAUGAUGGAAACAACUAAUCAGAACCACUGAUCAACUCCUGAAGUACCCAAAUACAAAAGACACCAAAGAAAACCAGCUGAAGGUUUAACACAACCUUGUUUUCUCAUCAGUUUGCUCUAAAAGUGUGGAUGUGUCUUGUUUUGGAAUGAAACUGUUCAUUUCUUCCCGAUGCUAACAUGUUGUGGCACUAUAAGGACGGUUGUUGGAGGAUGGGGCUAUUUGUUACUGAGGUUUUUGUUUGUGUGGCUGUAUGUAUGUAUGUGUGUGUGUGUGUGUGUUGUGGUGUAUGUGUGCGAAUGUGAGUUUAAGAGGGUGUGUUACAUGUUGAAGUGUAAAAAAAAAAAAAAAAGAGCAGAAAAUAGAGAAAAGAAACCAGUUAAAGCCUACAAGCCUUUUCCUCUGCUUUGAAAAACUCUGGGACUUGACCUUCGAUAUAAACCUUCUCCAGGACGAACUGUAAAUAAUAUGCAACUGUACUCAAGCAUUUCAAGUUUGUGAUUGAUUGUUUGUGAUUGAUUUGCUGGUGAUACGAAGGUCACGCAAGUGCCUGUUCAAUCUAAAGCAGGACGAACUCAAGUUAGACUUUGUCUUACCGAUGCCACUCUUGUUGCUCUGUAACCAGAAUCUGGAAGGUGCUCCCACGUUCCCUUUAACUACCAAUGUACUUACACUGCAGAAUCGUCCACAUAUGCAAGUCGUUCAAGCUAAACUUGAGUAUUGAAACUAUAUUUUUCUUGUAAACUCUCCAGAAAAUCGAAUGUUAUCACAUCCACUCUCCAAAUCUUUGUUGGAAAAACUCGGAAGAAGAAGAAGCACUUGCUCUCAAAGAAGAUUUCAAGAGACCAUGGUGGUCUUCUUAGUGAGCAAGUGCUUCUUCUUCAUUUGAAUUUUUCACAACUGGUGUCAUAAACAGGAUCGGGAUAAAAGCAUUCUUUUUCAAUUGCAACACCACAAACAUCCCCUUCAAACUGCAGAGGCCUGAAGUCAUAUAUCACCAAUGUACUGGGAUAUAUACUUUAAUAUUUUGGCGUUCUUUUAAUGUUUGGAGAGGUUUCUUUUCUUGCACCAAACUGCAUACUAAGAGAUCAGUAAUCAUUCUUCUGUGUUGAGUACAUUUGAACCACAGACAGUCGUCUUUUUUAGUUUACAUAAUUGCUUCCCUGCACCUGCAAAUGCACAAAAGCCACAAAAUAUGACUGAAUAUGAAUAUGUCUAAUUUUUUCAAACCCUCUGGAUGUUGCAGUCCUUGAAUGACACAUUAUGUAAUGCCCUUUUAGGUAACUUGGAUGGCAAGGGUUGAAACAUUAGAAGUUAGCGUUGGGCUUUGAUGCGAUCAAUCAGAUUUUAGUUUGAAUGACUUGCUCAGCUGGACUGCCUGCAGUGUAACAUUCCUACAACA